AUACGGUACCGAUACACCUAUUGCUUCAAACGGGGUUUCGUAUAAAACCCUGCACGUGCCAAAGCAGUCGAGCUGAAAUCGAGAAGAAAGAAAACAGCCAAGAAGACCACGAAGAAGAAGAAGAAGAUGGAGAAGUAUCAGAUCUGGAGCAGUAGAAUAGUGUUGGGAGCUUUGGCGUUUGCGCUACUGUUUCUAGCGGCCUCAGCAGACGACGUCGUUGUGCUCUCUGAAGAAAACUUCGAGAAGGAAGUUGGUCAGGACAGAGGAGCUCUCGUGGAGUUCUAUGCUCCCUGGUGUGGACACUGCAAAAAGCUAGCUCCAGAAUAUGAAAAGCUUGGGAGCAGCUUCAAGAAAGCUAAAUCUGUUUUAAUUGGGAAGGUUGACUGUGAUGAGCACAAGAGUUUGUGCAGCAAAUAUGGAGUUUCUGGGUACCCAACACUUCAGUGGUUUCCAAAAGGAUCUCUUGAACCUAAAAAGUAUGAAGGGCCACGCACUGCUGAAUCACUUGCUGAGUUUGUAAAUACAGAAGGAGGAACAAAUGUGAAGAUUGCUACAGCUCCUUCCCAUGUAGUGGUCCUAACACCUGAAAAUUUUAAUGAGAUUGUCUUGGAUGAAACCAAAGAUGUCUUGGUUGAGUUUUAUGCACCAUGGUGUGGACAUUGCAAAAGUCUUGCUCCUACAUACGAGAAAGUUGCCACGGCAUUUAAAUUGGAGGAAAAUGUAGUCAUUGCUAAUCUGGAUGCUGAUAAAUAUAGGGAUCUGGCUGAAAAGUACGAUGUGAGUGGAUUUCCUACCUUGAAGUUCUUCCCAAAGAGCAACAAAGCCGGUGAAGAGUAUGGAGGUGGAAGAGACUUGGAUGACUUUGUGGCUUUUAUCAAUGAGAAAUCUGGAACAAGUCGAGAUGGAAAAGGACAACUUACUUCCCAAGCUGGUAGAGUAGAAAGCUUGGAUGUCUUGGUGAAGGAGUUUGUAGCUGCCAGCGAUGAAGAGAAGAAAUCCGUGUUUACCCGAAUUGAAGAAGAAGUUGAGAAGCUUCAGGGUUCAGCCUCAAGUUACGGGAAGAUUUACUUGAAAGCUGCAAAGAAUUCCUUGGUAAAAGGUUCCGAUUAUGCUAAAAACGAAAUCCAGCGCCUACAGCGCAUACUUGACAAGUCUGUUAGCCCUGCAAAGGCCGACGAGUUCACUCUAAAGAAAAAUAUCUUGUCUGCCUAUGCUUGAUUCAAUGGUGCAAUUAACCAUCCUUCUUGGAAUCUUGGGAUAUCCACCACGACUCCUUCUGGUGAGACUUUGAUGACUUUGAAAUCGACAUUGCUGGGAGAUAUUUGACAUGGAGACUUGUAGUGCUUAAUUUGAGUCUGUAUUAAUGAUCCUAUCUUAUUUGGGGAUGAAAGAUUACCAUUCUUCUACCCCGAUCGAAUUAUACCUGAGCGAUUUAAAAUUUUGAGGACUACUUUGUUGUCUUUUACUUUGGCCUUCUUUAGCCAUUUGAUGGUGGCCGUAAAUUUAUCACGCUUAUACCAUGUUAAUCAUCUAUUUGAUUCUCGUGGUCAA